AUGAAUUUCAGAAACUUGGAAGAUUUCUGGGCUUUUUAUGUGAGUCAACAUUCUAAACGAGCUACGAGGCAUUGGCACUUUGUAGGAACGCUUUUGAGUAUUUUGUUCUUGGUGUGUUCGGUUUUUUUUAGUUGGUGGUUUUUGUUCUUUGUUCCUUUAUCUGCGUAUGGGUGUGCUUGGUAUAGUCAUUUCUUUGUUGAGAAGAAUGUUCCUGCCACUUUUGGACACCCCUUUUGGUCAUUUGUUUGUGAUUUCAAAAUGUUUGGGUUGAUGAUUACUGGAAAAAUGGAUAGAGAGAUCAAGAGGCUUGGGAAAAGACCUGUGUUGCAAGUGUUCUGA